AUGCUUCAAUGGGUGUGGUCCAAGCGGAUAGACGACGAAGGCAACGACCCCCGCAGAGUCAUCUUGAUCAUGACCUACAGGUCAUGGGCGAGAAAGACUCUGAUGACCAAAGAAGAGAAUGACAAAGUAACAUACUCUUCGUCCUUCGCCUCGCAAAGCCGUGACUUUGAGGUCUUGAUCUGCGAUGAGGCUCAUCGUCUCAAGGAGCGAUCAACGGUAUCGUUCAAGGCCGUGUCUCUGAUCGCAGCGAGCAGAGUUCUACUCCUCUCCGCCACGCCUUGUCUAAAUGACCCCAAGGAUUAUCUGGCACUUGCCGAAAUCAAUUGGACUUGCCGGCACCAAAUCCUCGACCAAGAGGAGCGAGACUUCCUUCUCGAGUUGGAGAAGAAGGGGUAUGGACAGUUCGCAAAUACCGUCAAGUCCUUCUGUCAAGAUGAGAACACUCACCGAACUCUGCGAAGUCUCGCUUCGAAGCCCGAGAUAGUGAAGGCUUUGAUUCAAACUCGACCGAGAAGCAGAACUGGGAGGCUGGGUUCCAUCAUUUCAGCUCAGUUGCUAUCCUGCGCCGAUCAGCUAGCUCCACAAUCUUCCGAAUGA